AUGGUUCAAAUCACUUCAGAAUUACUAGCGAGCACACCAAUCAGGAUAAGUCCAAUCGAACCCUCGCAUGAACUGAACCUCAGUGGACUGAAAAUACCUUCAAUUGAGAAUCUCGGUGCAACCAAGGACCAGCUGUCGACGAUUCUGCUAUCUCACAAUCUCAUCCACUCCAUCCCCCUCCUCCCACGCCUCCUCAAUCUCAACUCGCUCAUCCUUUCCCAUAACCUGAUUCAGUCGAUAUCCCCGAGCAUCUCCAAAUCCACUCCCAGGCUAUCCUCGCUCAUCGCUGACCACAACCGACUCCAACUUGGCGAGCUCAACUCGCUCGCAAACCACCCCGGCCUCACCUUCCUCGACCUCCGCUUCAACCCGGCAACUGAAUCCCCCAGGUACAGGCUCUGGCUCGUGUACAUCCUCCCCAAACUACGCGUAUUGGACUACGAGAGAGUGUCUGAUAAAGAGCGCAGUCUCGCUAAAGACACGUUCGAAACGGACGAUGGCAGACCCACAGCCGCUGCUCUUGAAAUUACAUCCUUAAAAUCAGCUUCCGAUGACCACACACAGCAUGAUAACACCUUUAUCCCAGGUGGUCAGCAGCACCAGCACCAACACGAGCACAAGGGUAGACUACUCACCCCUCAAGACAGAGAAAACAUCCGCAAGUCAAUCAUCGAGGCUUCUUCGGCCGAUGAAGUUGCGCGCCUUGAACGCAUGCUUCGCGAUGGCUUCAUACCUGGCCAGCAGUAG